UUACUUUUCUGUCUCCUUAGAACCGUGCCCGGAAAAAAAGGCUCAAUAUCAUCAUUGUGGCUGAAGGAGCCAUUGACAGGAAGAACAAGCCCAUCACCUCGGAGGAGGUCAAGCAGCUCGUCGUGAAGCAGCUGGGCUACGACACGCGUGUGACCAUCCUGGGACACGUGCAGAGAGGAGGGACACCCUCCGCGUUCGACAGGAUCCUGGCCAGCCGCAUGGGGGUGGCGGCGGUCAUCGCCCUGCUGGAGGCCACGCCCGAGACGCCGCCUUGCGUCGUGUCGCUGAGCGGGAACCACCCCGUGCUCCUGCCGCUGAUGGAGUGCGUGCAGAUGACGCAGGACGUUCAGAAGGCAAUGGAUGAGGGGAGGUUUCAAGACGCCGUGCGGCUCCGAGGGAGGAGCUUCGAGGGCAACCUGAAGACCUACAAGAGUCUGGCCAUCAAGCUGCCGGACGAUCAGAUCCCAAAGAGCAACUGCAACGUGGCGGUCAUCAACGUGGGCGCGCCCGCGGCGGGGAUGAACGCGGCCGUGCGGUCGGCCGUGCGCGUGGGCAUCGCCAACGGACACAGGAUGCUCGCCAUCUAUGACGGCUUCGACGGCUUCGCCAAAGGCCAGAUCAAAGAAAUCAGCUGGACAGACGUCGGCGGCUGGACGGGCCAGGGCGGGUCCAUCCUCGGGACAAAACGGGUUCUGCCGGGGAAGAACCUGGGAGCGAUCGCUGAGCAGAUGCACAACCAUAACAUCCACGCCCUGCUGAUGAUCGGCGGAUUCGAGGCCUACCUGGGGCUCCUAGAGCUGUCGGCAGCCCGGGAGAAGCACGAGGAGUUCUGUGUCCCCAUGGUCAUGGUCCCCGCCACGGUCUCCAACAACGUGCCCGGCUCCGAUUUCAGCAUCGGGGCGGACACGGCGCUGAACACGAUCACGGACACGUGCGACCGCAUCAAGCAGUCGGCCAGCGGGACCAAGCGGCGCGUGUUCAUCAUCGAGACCAUGGGCGGCUACUGCGGCUACCUGGCCAACAUGGGCGCGCUCGCGGCCGGCGCCGACGCCGCCUACAUCUUCGAGGAGCCCUUUGACAUCCGCGACCUGCAGGCGAACGUGGAGCACCUGACGGAGAAGAUGAAGACCACGAUCCAGAGGGGGCUCGUGCUCAGGAACGAGAGCUGCAGCGAGAACUACACCACCGACUUCAUCUGCCAGCUGUACUCGGAGGAGGGCAAAGGCGUGUUCGACUGCAGGAAGAACGUGCUGGGCCACAUGCAGCAGGGCGGGGCACCCUCUCCGUUUGACAGAAACUUUGGAACCAAGAUCUCCGCCAGAGCCAUGGAGUGGAUCACCGAGAAGCUGAAGGAGUUCAAAGGAAAAAGAUUUGUUACUGAUGAUUCCAUUUGUGUGCUGGGAAUAAGCAAGAGAAACGUCCUCUUUCAACCCGUGGCAGAGCUGAAGAAGGAAACGGACUUUGAGCACAGGAUCCCCAAGGAGCAGUGGUGGCUGAAGCUGAGGCCGCUCAUGAAGAUCCUGGCCAAGUACAAGACGAGCUACGAUGUGUCAGACGCGGGCGAGAUGGAGCAGGUGCACUCCCGCGGCAUGCAUGGGGAGCCCGCGGCCAUCUGACCCCGACCUGCCACCCUGGACCACGUGUCUUGUGAGCCCCGGAACUCCCCGGGACCGUCCUUUUUUUUGUAACAUUAAGUUAUUUAUCAGCACUUUAUGCAUCAGUCCCCAACCCGAGAGAGCACCCAUCACCGUCUGUCUUCUCCCAAACCCCACACUCCCUCCACUGUACUCGUGCUUCAGAAUGUGUGUAUCUAGUAGAUUAAACAUUUGCUAAAACCCCA